AUUAUAUAAUUUUUCCCUUGCUCUUCAGACACCACCACCACCCAGAGAGGACGACCUGGACACUGCUGCCCCAGUCAUUGCUGAGAAAGCACUAGACCUAUUUAAUGUGAUCCUUAAUGCUGUGCGCUCCUCAACUCGAGCUGGUGGACAUCAUGUUCAGAACUUGCAACUGAUGGGAUCGUGGCUGGUGAUGACAGGCCUCCACCAGCUGAUGAUUGUGGUGUCCUCAGCAGCAGCACUUCAGGAUAAGAAGGAUGACAAAGGCAGAAGUCCUAGCAAGAAAGACUCUGCUUCAACCAGGAUAAAUCUGAUUAAAGUGCAACAAGGGUUUGGAGUGGUAUGUGUGGCUCUGGCUUCCCAGGGUGUGACUUUGAUGACAGGUCUGCUGGAAGAUGUCAAGGUGGAAGGCAGGACACCUCCACGCCCACCAGAGCCUGCACGCCUUGACCCCCUGGAGACUUACACAGCCACAGAGCGCCUGGCUCGCCUGUUUUCAGCAGUUCCACUAAAGCAACUCCUUUUCUAUCUUGCUACUGUUUCAUACAGAAAGGCUUGUAGCUUGAAGCGCACACACCGUCCCUGGUCAGAGGGGGACACAUUUACCAUCUCGGACUCUACAACUUAUUACGAAGAUGAUUUUUCAGAGGGGAGUUUAGGAGAAGAAGAUGAUGACUCAGUAAUCAUAGGAGCCUGGUUUGAGGAGCCCAGUACACCAGGAGAGGGAGGUGAUGACCCAGCAUCAGGGGGAGCCCAGGGAGACAGUGAUUCCUCAUCUUCUCCAGGGGACUCCCAGGCCAAGACUCCCCAUCGUCACAACUCAGAGCUCACAACCAUUGUCCCUGAGAAGGGAGAGCCUCACGGGUUCAUCUCACUGGCGUCGCACAUCUUCCUGCUCAUGAAUAGUUAUCUGGUGGAGAGUGAGUGCGCCUAUGUGCAGCAGUAUGUGCGUGCAGGACUGGCAGAGACGCACAUGGUGGUUCUGGCCGCCAUCAUCAGAGAUCUUGACAGAGAAACAGCAAAGUCCGACUCAGGCAGCCUGAUAGGGUUUCUGGGACCAGUGCUGGGCUCCCUGUAUGAUGAGUUCUCCUAUGCCCUGUAUCGCUACACUCAUAAUGUGAUAGCCUCAGGCCUGCUGAGUGAGACUCUGCAGAACACACUUCUAGCUCAACUAGGGGUCUCCCCUUGGACCCCUGAUGGAGACUGGCCACUGCAAGUUCUCCCAAGAACUCUUACUGUCCUGGCACAAGUGCUUUUGUUGCGGCAGCGUAGAGACAAAGAUGAGCUGAAGUGUGACUCUGACACUGCCUGUGUCUUGAUAUGGCAGCGUGUCAUCAACACCCUCACCAAGUCUGUUACCAAUCCACCUGCUCCAGAAGCAGAGACUGAAGACUUGAAUGUGGAGCAUGCUCAGUUACUCCUGUUUCUGUUUCACUCUUUGCAACUCAUGCAGAAGAAAAGCGUACUACUGAGUGUUGCAGCAGCUGUGGUCACUGUUGCUCCAGUGAUAAACACACCUAUGAGGGACACUCAGGUCCUUCAUUUAGCUAGACUCCUUCUUAUAUUUGACUACCUUAUGAAGAACUUGUAUGAAGCUCCUCAGAUAUUAAUUGAACAGGUUCAGUGGAAUUUAUUCCAGCCAAUGACACAAUGUGAUGGCCAGACAGCUGGCAAAGACCAAGGUACAACAGCUGGUGGCAAGAUGUACCAUGUGUGGCGAGACUUAGAGGAGAACUUCAGAAAGAAUUACACCAGUGAAGACUACGCUUUGAGGCCUCGCUUCUACACCCUCACUCCAGCAGAGACCAACACCCAGGACACUCCAAAGCUUGAUGGACUGGCAUGCAGUUUUAUUCUGGCAACUCCUGAUACCCUGAAGUACAGCACCCUUUAUGAUACACUGGUCAGCCUUCUGGGUGUGGGGAGCCAGAAUGACCCCAGCCUGCGGCGAACCACUGAUCCUCAGCUGACAUACCUCGGACUGUGUGGUGUCCAGUAUGCUUUCUCCCUCUCUUAUAGACUGCUUCUCACUAUGCCACCUUCUGUGUCAGCCCUUGAGGGAAUGUCAUUGGCUGAGAUGAAGCUUGAGGGCUCCCGUCUUCUACACGCCCUCCUUUGGGCUCCAAGAGCCUCACACAAGAUAUUCAAUGGUUGGAUUAAGGAUGGAUUAGUUCGUCAGAGUCUGACAACACAGAAGGCAGAUGCAUUGCUGAAAUCUGUUGCUAAGAACAUGUGUAACCUGAAGUAUGACUUGAAGGUAGCCAACCACAUCAUCACAGCUCUGCUCAACAAGGGUUAUAGUUCAAUGGUGAGCAUGCCGCUGAUGACUCCAGAGCAGCUGCCGGCCUUCUCUGACCUGUACAUGCUGGACACGGUGUUGGCAAGACUGCAGGUCACACUGGAUGAGGCUUGUCAGAAAGGAGACAUUGACCUUCGCUCUGGUGAUGGUGCUGAUCUCCUUCGUGCUCUUGACAUAUCUGCAGAACAGCUCCCCAUAACUGGACUCCUCACUCUGAUUCAGGCACUCUCUCAUGCCACAAGGUGGAGUUUACUGCAGCAGAUGAACAGUGUGUUGGAGGAAGGUAGUAAACUUCCUCCUGAGGCUCUGGAUGCCUACUGCUCAGUGCUUGCUGUAUCUGCUGGUCAUCUGCCUCGUGCUGGCCGCCAUCCCCCUUGCCUCACACGCUCUGCCUUGCCUGCUCCCCUAAAGACUGUCCUUGAUAACUGGAAUGCAAACACCAUGACAGACUUUCCAGCUGCUCAUGCCUGGCAAAGCAGCAUGAGUGGAGAUGUGCUGCCAGGAGAGAGCUAUGUGUCAGGAGUUGUGAUGGGUCAUGUGGGGACACUGUCUGCUCAGAGUACCUUCACCAUCAACCUGGCGCUGAAACAUGUCAUGCAUACUUUAGUUACCUUUGCUACAGACUUGGCAGGAUGGUGUAAUGAUGAUGAUAAGACUGGUGGACAGCUAACCAGCACACUUAUCAGCCUGUCUGCAGAUGCCACUUGUGACCAUGUAUCACAGUCUCUGUCAGCAGCACUGGAUCGUUUGCUGCCCCUUCAAGAGGGUGGGGAGUCUUCCACCUCUCCAGACCCAUUCCAGCUUACACUUUUCUCACAUUUACUCACACAUGUUGAAAGUCUCCUUCAAUCUGCAGCCACUUGUGAAGGGGUAGUGGAUGAACAGAUAUUAGAAGGCUGUACUUCAGUGCUGGAGGAGUUGCUGGAGCUUCCAGCUGGAAAGUUGGCUUUGGACAAGUUUCUGGCAGAGUCUCAUUUCUCAUCAGUCCUCCUCAGUCCUCCUAUCAGUGGAGAUGUGAAGUCCUCCAGCCUUCCAACACAUAUUAUCAAGUUUUUCAUCAAAUUAUUCCAACUGGCGGAAAAGAAUCCCACGGACCAUACUCUUGCCUCAGUGUGCAGCAGAAUUUCAGUGGGUUCCUGGCUGGAGUCUGGCAUCUUGCAAGGCUGGCUGUCCACCCAUCUGCUUGCCUCACCACCUACAGGUGAUGGUGAAGCCACACCAACAAGCUGGCAGCUUCUCAGGACCCUCACAGCCUACAUCAUAACACAACACACACAGAAUGCUGAAGAGGUGGCUCAUGGACUACUGCGAUCACUGGUGCCGCUAGGUUCCUCCAUGGUGUGUGGAGGCAAUGAGGGGCUGGCCAGCCUGACUCACCUGCUCUCAAUCAUGUCCUCCCUGGCCAGUGCUGGUUCAGGCACCGGCCAUGUCACACUCUUUAGAGCAGCCACUCUCUGGGUCACUCAGUGUGUACAAUGUAUACAAGUUAUGACUGGAAAGAAUGACAAAGAGUUGCUUGAAGCCAUGUGCCACCUGCUUACUUAUGUCAGUGAUGUAGUAGCAGCUCUCAAGGUGAACAGUGAACGUUGGGCUGUGGCUUACCGCAGUGGCAUGACGUCUCCUCCUUAUGAGCUGGAUCUGACAGUUGACAAUGACUCUGACUGGGUUGAUGAUUUGACCCAAGAAGAUGAAGACAGUGCUGGGGAAGAUUCAGAUGAAGACAGUAUGUGCAACAAGCUGUGCACCUUUACCCUCACUCAGAAGGAGUUCAUGCACCAGCAUUGGUACCACUGCCACACUUGCCGCAUGGUAGAUGGUGUUGGGGUGUGCACGGUGUGUGCACGUGUGUGUCACCGUGGUCAUGAUGUUACUUACUCCAAGUAUGGUGCAUUCUUUUGUGACUGUGGGGCAAAGGAGGAUGGAUCAUGCCAGGCACUCGUAAAGCGUAGUCCAGCCUCUUAUGAGGAUGGCACAGGUUCCUCCAGUGGUCCAGCUGCAUUUGGUGUGGAGCCUUUGCUGCCUUCCUCCCUGAGGCGACGACCCUCAUCACCCUCACAGGUCACCCAGAUGGACAAACACCGAGAUGAUACACACAAGCAAAGACAAGCCCUUGCCAAGAAGCUGGAAAAUGUAAGAGACCUCUUGGUAGGAGAAGUGAGUAGCAGUGAGGUGGCCGCCACAGUGCUGGAUCUUCUGAAUGAUCUUAUGCCCACCAUCCAAGCCAAUGCAACGGAGUCCAGCUCUGUUGGUUCCUACCAGCGAGCCCUGACAGCUCUGCAUCAAGUCCACACCAAUGCAAAGCCUGUUGAGGCUACUGAGAGCUUGAUGCUGCCAACCUUGGGAUCACAAGAAGGUGCCUUUGAGAAUGUGCGCCUCAACUAUUCAGGGGAACAAGGGCAAACCAUCCGCCAGCUAGUUUCUGCGUACAUGGUCCGCCGUGUGGCCAUGUGCUGUCUAGCCUCUCCAGGAGGAAAAAGGCAGCAUCUAGCAGUGUCCCAUGAAAAAGGAAAGAUUACUGUGUUGCAACUUUCCUCACUCCUCAAGCAGCAUGACUCUGCCAAGAGAAAACUGACCUUGACUCGCCUGUCCUCAGCCCCGGUGCCAUUCACUGUGCUGUCCAUCACUGCCAAUCCAGCUAAUGAUGACUAUCUCGCUGUUUGUGGCUUGAAGGACUGUCAUGUGCUGACCUUUGCCAGUGCUGGCAGUGUGUCAGACCACCUUGUGCUUCACCCACAAUUGGAAUCAGGCAAUUACAUCAUCAAGGCUGUGUGGUUGCCUGGACAGCAGACCCAACUAGCCCUUAUCACAGCUGAGUUUGUCAAGAUAUAUGACCUCAGUGCUGAUUCACUCUCCCCACAGUACUACUUCCUUCUUCCUUCAGGAAAGAUCAAGGAUGCCUGCUUUGUUUGUACUCAGGAUAAUAGCUGUUACCUAGUGGCUAUGGCAUCUUCUGGAUACAUCUACACACAGGUGUUGAGCGAAGAGAGCUCAGCUCAACAUGGACCAUUCUAUGUGACAAAUGUUCUACAGGUUCACCAUCAGGAUUUAAAGGACUGUAACGGACAGAUUGGGGGAGGAGGAGUGUCAGUGUACUACUCACACACACUUCAGUUGUUGUGCUUCAGUUAUUCUCAUGGCAAAAGCUUCCUUGCCCCUCUUGUGUCCAUAAAUGAUAAUGAGAAGGUUGACAAACUGUUCAUUGUAAGUGUCAAGGGAGGGAAUGGAACAGGAGGUGGUGGUGGCAGCAGCAGUAGCAGCAGCAGCAGUAGUAGCAGUAGCAGCAGUAGUAGCAGCAGCAGCAGUGGAAGCAGUGGGAGUAAGAUGGCACCUCAGCCCUUGUGUCAGUGGGGAGAGGUCACAGGUCACCCAGGACUCAUUACUUGCCUCACACAAUCCAGUAACAAUCCAGUGAUUCUGAUGGUAAAGCCUGAUCAGAUACUUGUGCAAGAGAUCCGUGUGCUGCCUGCCAAGAGCAAAAUGACUGACCUGGUGGCUCUGAGGCACUCCUGGGCCCCCAGCCAUGAGGCCAAGACCACUCUCAUCCUGCUGUGUGAAGAUGGCUCCUUGAGAAUAUAUAAUGCUAACUCUCAGACAACAGACUUCUGGCUGUCCCCGCAGAUGCAGGUCAUCAGUGCCAUAUCAACAUUACGUCCAUCAAGGAAAAAGAAAGUCCCCAAGCUGGGCCGACCAUCAGGUUCAGUUGUGUUUCCAGUGGAUUUCUUUGAGCACUGUUCUAUGAUGAAUGACAUUGAAUAUGGAGGAAAUGAUCUACUGCAAGUGUAUAAUGUUCAGCAGCUUAAGAACAGACUCAACAGCCAAGGCAUGUAUGUUGCCUCCACCAAGCCAGGAGGUUUCCAGCUGGAAGUGACCAACAAUGACUCCACUCUUGUCAUAUGUGGUUUGAGGAUUGCAGUUGGUGCAAUGGAUACUCAGAAAGUUCCCACAUACUUAGAGAUAUUUGGUCGGAGUGUUUCCAUCACUGCUACUCGUAGCCGAUGGUUUGAUAUUCCUUUGACAAGAGAAGAGUCACUGCAAGCUGACAAGCGUAUUGUGAUUACCUUUGGGCCUUCAAAUGAUCCAUCAAAUGUAACAAUGGUAGAUUUUGUUAAAAUAUAUGGAAAGACUAAGGAGGACUUUGGCUGGCCUGAAGAACCUGAAGAUUUUUCUGCUACUGUGAGUGGUACAGGAGCCACGGGGUCAUCAGGCAGCGGCAGUGAAUCAUCUACCCUGGGUGGAGCCGCCUCAGCCCCUUUGCCCCUUACUGCUGUGGAUCGUCUGGUUUCUGCUGCUCUUGAGACACUUGAUGGCUGCUUUGUAGCUACACCAGCAGAAAAGAUUGUGGCUCGAGCUGGAGCCCUAAACCUGGCCACCAGAUUGCUUAACCUACCUCUUCCCCCCACAGUGCAGCACCACACCCGGACAUUACUUGCCUCCCUGCAUCAAAGCAGAGUGGCCUACCACAAUCACAAGGAUGAAGCUCAGCUCAACAGUGUGGUGGAAGCCCUCAGCAAUCUCCGUCAUGUGACUGACCCACACCAGCUGGACUGUGAAGCGUAUCACCGGCUUGUGGUCACAGCCAGAAAUGUUGCUGUGGCGCGACCCCACAACCUUGUCAAAUACACUGAAAAAGUGGCAGCUGUAGACUUGUCAGCCGUUCACUCCGAGGAGGAUAUGAGAAAGCUUGAAGUGAUUGCCUGCUCACCUGGACCCAAGAUGGAGGGAGACGUGUCCAGGAAGAGUGAUGGAGACUCUACUCUCAGCAAGACCUCUGACACUACCUCUGACUCUGAGGCUACCCUGGAGGGAGGUGACAGCAAUGGCAAUGAUGUCAGCUGUGACGAUAAUCACUUCUUGGCUCAGCUCAUGAGUGUGUUCUGGGCUCUGCACCAUGCCAAGCCCACCAACCUAUUCCUUACCCCCAUGUGCCAGCCAGGAUUGACAUACAUAGAAGCAACAGUUCAAGCAGUUGUGGAAAUCAUUCAUGCCUACACAGUUUGCUCCCUUUCGGCUGUUCCUCUUGCUGUGCGUCUUUACACAGAACUCUUGCUGUGCACUGACACAGCUGUUAGUUUUGGAGCCAAGCAAGCCCUGAUCAGAGUACUGAGGCCUCGUCAUAAGAGACGCAAAGUAUUCAUCCCCAGCCCUCCACGCUGCUCCACACCUGGUGUUGGAGUGGAGGAGUCUGAGAAGCCAGUAGCAGCCCCACAGGAAGCUGGUGGAGCUGCUUUGGUGGAACCACCUUUUGAAGGAGCUGAAGCACCUGAUCCUAUUGCUGAACCAGGUGGAGCUGGUGAAGGUCUGGAGGCUCUGGGAAUGCUGGGUGGUGGCGGUGGAGCAGGUGGACUUAAUUUACGUGGAGUUCUUAUGGGAGGCAUGUUGGAUUUACCUGCUGAUGAUGAUGAUGCUAUGAUGGAGCUGGCUAUUGCUCUUUCUUUGCAUGAGGAGCCAGGCCAAGCUCCAGCUGAACUAGGCAACCUUCACCCUGGUCUGCAGGGUUUGGUGGGUGGCCUGCCAGGGCUGCACCGCCUGCAGGGACUGAGUGGACAGGUGCUACACAGCCUUCAAGUGCUGGCUGGUGGAGGAAUGCCAGGAGGCAAUGCCCAGGCUAAUCCACAAGAGGUACAACAGGAUGGUGGAGAGGAAGCUGAUGGUGUGGAUGGCGAGGGUGCAGAUGGCCAAGAGAAUGGCCACUACUCAGACACGACAGCUUCAGCCAAUGGUUCAGAUGAUGAUGAUGGGGACGGCUCCACUGCAGCCACUGAUGGGUCCAAUCUAAGGGCAUCACCUGCUGAACAUGCUGGAAGUGCUGGGAGUGAGUCUGGGGGCUCAGUGGUUGAGAGUCUUGGUGGUGAGCACAAUGUGUCGGGGCGCAGCUCAGCUUACGGUGACACAGGCCAUGAGGCAACAUCAACAACACUACGAGAAGGAGCAGCAGCUCUUCCUUCAACCAUGCAGGGUGAAUUAAUAGAGGAGGAAUUACCUGAAGGAGGCGUUGGUCUUCACACCUUAAGACUGGCCCUCCUGGACGCCCUCAUCCAACGCAUUCCCUCCUUGGCCACAGUGGGCGGUGUCACUGCCAUUCCAUUCUUCCAGGUGUUAUUGAUGCUCACCUCUGACCUUGACGGCAAUGACACAAGAGACCGGGCCAGCCUAGAUGCGGUUCUUUCUGCCUUGGUGACACAGCUGAACAUGGGAAGCAUUGACCUGAACACUGUGUCAGACCGCACACCAAGCAGGGAGGUCCAGCUGGUGGUCAUGAGGCUCCUGAGUGUAAUGAUGUCUCGCAGCAAGUCAGGUGCCAGACCCAGUAGUGAAAGCUCCAGUGUUAUACCCCAAGCCACAGCCAGCUGCCUGGUGCGUUCAGGAGCCAUGGACCACUGCCUGGCUCUGUUGAAGGCCCUGCUGGAGUACUGGAGAGCCUCGUCCAAGGAACAGAGUGGGACUGUUAUUGGUGCUGGCUUACUGAAGCCUCGGCCUCUCACAGUGCCUCCAGACAUGUCACCCUUCUUCCUGCGCCAGUAUGUGAAGGGUCAUGCCCAUGAUGUGUUUGCUGCUUUCCCACACCUGCUGACUGAAAUGGUCCUCAGGCUACCAUAUCAGAUGAAGAAACUUGGAGAAGGAGGACAGUUUGAACCAGCCUGGUCCCACUACUUGUGUGAGUACAUGAUGACCCAACAGACCCCUGUAGUGCGCAGACAGGUGCGCAAGUUAUUACUGUUCAUUUGUGGUCACAAGGACAGAUAUCGUCAAAUGAGGGACAUGCAUGCCCUGGAUUAUCACAUAAAGGAUGUGAAGGUGUUGUGUGCGCAGGGAGGGUUCAGCUUUUCUGGCAGUGCUUCCCUUAUUCCCAUCAGCCUUCCCUAUGACUCUCUUAUUCAACUGAUUGAGCACCUCAAGUCCUGUGUUGACAUAGCUUCAUCACGCACACCAAACUGGCAAAAGUACUGCUUAAAGGAUGAGAGUGUGUUGGGUUUCCUGAUGGAAGUGUCUUGCCUCCUUGAGGAAGGUGUUGCUCCAACAGUCCUCCAACUCCUUCAGGCAGCCCUCUGUCCCUCCUCAAAGAAUUCUGACAGCUCCAAGAGUGGCAGCAAAAGGGCCUCUAGUGAGGACAGUGAAGGAGAGACCCGUGGGGAGGAAGCGCACUGUGCUGCUCUUGUGGCUCAGAUUAACAGAUACUUGGACAGGAACCGGAUCAGUCAGUUUGUGUGCACCUUCCUUCUGGAGUCUAAUUCAACAGGAGUUCGGUGGCAGGCACAUUCUCUUGUGUUGGCUCUGUACCGACACUCUCCACCACGGGACCAAGACACCCUCCUCACUCUCAUGUGGUCCUUGUGGCCGCACCUCCCAGCCUAUGGACGCAAAGCAGCACAGUUUGUGGAUCUUUUAGGAUACUUCUCGCUUAAGACACAGCAUUGUGAAAAGAAGGUUAUUGAAUACAUUAACCGUGCAGUAACAGUCCUGCGUACCCAGUCCCAGCUCUUGGCCAACCACCCUAAUGCCAACCUCUAUAAUUCCUUGGCUUCUCUUGUGGAGUUUGAUGGAUAUUAUUUGGAGUCUGAGCCUUGUCUGGUGUGUAACAAUCCUGAGGUGCCUUUCUCCAGUGUCAAGUUGUCAACUGUUAAGGUGGACUCUCGCUUCACUACAACCACUCAGCUGGUGAAGUUAGUCGGGAGUCACAUGAUCAGCCGACUCACUCUUCGUAUUGCUGAUCUGAAGCGCACAAAGAUGGUUCGCACCCUCAAUGUCUUCUACAACAACCGCUCGGUGCAAGCUGUGGUGGAACUCAAGAAUAAGCCUUCUAUGUGGCAUCGUGCCAAGAAGGUGACACUGUCUGCUGGACAAAUUGAAGUCAAGAUAGACUUUCCAUUGCCAAUUAUUGCCUGUAAUCUCAUGUUUGAGUACACUGACUUCUACGAGAAUCUUCAGGCGUCAACGGAGACCUUGCAGUGUCCCCGGUGUUCUGCAGCAGUGCCGGCAUCUCCUGGAGUGUGCGCCAACUGUGGGGAGAAUGUGUAUCAGUGUCACAAGUGCAGAGCCAUAAACUAUGAUGAGAAAGAUCCAUUCCUCUGCAAUGCAUGUGGCUAUUGCAAGUAUGCGAAGUUUGACUACACACUACAGUGUCGGCCGUGCUGUGCAGUAGAUCCUAUUGAGAAUGAAGAUGACCGCAAAAAGGCAGUAUUGAGUAUCAACACUUUGCUGGAGAAAGCAGAUCGAUAUUACAAGCAGCUUCAGGGAUACAAACCUACACUGGAACUGCUGGUGGUGCGUAUCAGUGAACAAGGAGCCACACGCAGUGGUGACGAGGGCACCUCAGGAGGCACUCAAGUCAACAGGACAAUUCAACAACUUGCUCAAAAGUACUGUGGAGACUGCAAGAAUUCAUUUGAUGACUUGUCUAAAGUCAUACAGCGAGUUCAAGCAUCCCGCCGGGAGCUGGUGAACUUUGAUCGAUCACAAAAGGAGGGAGGAAAGAAGGCUGUAGUGUCUCCAUUAAGUCGUGCUGGCAUUGUCCACAACACCCUAGAAGAAGGUGCAGUGAUUGGGGGUCGGUGCUAUGGUUGUGCUGCUGCUGCAACAGAGCACUGUAUUACCCUGCUGAGAGCACUGGCCACCAACCCUGCACUGCGGGCCGCACUCUGCCAGCAUGGUCUCAUUCACAACCUUAUGGAGUAUAACCUCCGCCGGGGCACUGUACAGGUUCGAAGUGAGGUUCGCCAACUGCUGUGCCUUCUGACCAAAGAUGACUUGUCAGCCACGCAGGAGCUGAACCAGCUUAUUAUGGAGAAAAUAAGUAUUGCCUUACGCUCACAUGUCAGCUCUCCUGAUCUUGCUGCCACUGUCAGACAUGAAAUGGGACUCUUGGCAGCUUCAGCUCAGAAGGAGGAUUCCUGCUGGGAGUACAGACUCAGGUGUGUGGUUCAGCUGUUCCUGAUGGCUGGUGGAUCCAAUGCCUCCCCCACUGUGAUGGAGCACAUCACUCUCCCAUGCCUGCGUAUCCUCCAGGGAGUCAUGAGGCCGCCAACUCCACCUCCACCACGCAAGAGCAGAGACAAGACUCCCACCACCUCGGCCACUACAAGUACAACUGCUCCAGGAACCACAGCAGCCUCAGUGGCAGACUUCAUGGCCUCAUACCUAGGAGGCUCAAAGGUUGGAGUGGAUGUCAGCAAAUGGCUUUCUGGCCACCCAGAACACUCCUACGAAUACUGGAAGAAGCGUCUUGUCAGAAAAACAGCUGAAGUGCCUGUCACAAAAAUGAAAAAGGAUGAAGUUCAUGAGCGGUACUUGAUUGAAAAGUUUGGAACGCGAUGGCUUGCUCGCACAGUGCGGCACUUGUAUGAACUGAGGAUGCAGGACACCUCGUGGCUGAGACGCGUUCUCUUCAACCCAUCCUCACGCAUGGCUAGACAAGUCACUGCCCAGAUGGUGGAAUCCCUCUGUACCUCGGUCCAGCGUAAAAAGGAGGUCUUAGAUAUGCUGACAACCUUCUUGCCAGAAAUUGGGAAAGCUGGAGAAAGUGCUGGAGAGUUUGUAUCAUUGUACCAAAGUCUAGUGGCAGGAGGACAUUGGAAGAUCUACUUGGCCUUACGAGGAGUCUUGCCCACCAUUGCUAGUCUCAUUACCUCAGAGAUUCAUUCCCUUACUACCUUAGAAGAAGUCACACUGACCACAGAUCUCAGUCAGGGUUAUGCCCUAAAAGUGUUGACUGAGUUAUUGUCUCAGUUUAUUGAUGUUGAUGCAAUUAAGAGAGUGUACAAGGGUCGGUUGGUGGGCACAGUACUCAGCGGCUACCUCUCCCUCCGCAAGUUGGUGGUUCAGCGCACUAAGCUCAUUGAUGACACUCAAGAUAAAUUCCUGGAGCUCUUGGAAGACAUGACAUCAGGAACAGAGGCAGAAACCAAAGAGUUCAUGGCAGUGUGUGUGGAAACCUUGAAGCAGUACCCACAGGAUGACCUCCGUACCCCAGUGUUCAUUUAUGAGCGGCUGUGUUCCAUUAUCUAUCCUGAAGAGAAUGAUGUUGGAGAGUUCUUCCUCACUCUAGAGAAAGACCCUCAGCAAGAAGAUUUCCUACAGGGCCGCAUGGUGGGCAACCCUUAUAGCAGCAUGGAUUCUGGCCUGGGACCCCUCAUGAGGGACGUCAAGAACAAGAUUUGUCAGGACUGUGAAUUGGUGGCUCUCCUCGAGGAAGACAGUGGCAUGGAGCUUCUAGUUUGCAACAAGAUAAUAUUACUUGAUCUUCCUGUGAAAGAGGUUUACAAGAAAGUAUGGUUAGCUGAGAACAGUGAAAGUGAUGCAAUGCGAGUUGUUUACCGCAUGAGAGGCCUUCUUGGGGAUGCAACGGAAGAGUUUGUGGAGACCUUGGACAAGAAGAAAGAGGAAGAUGUUGAUAAUGAACAAGUUUAUCGCAUGGCGGGAGUGAUGUGUCAGUGUGGUGGGCUAGAGGUUAUGCUGGAGUGUCUCCAGAGGAUCAGUGAUUUGUCAUAUGCUCGAGCAUUGGUCACAGUCUUACUGAAACUGUUCCAGUAUUGUGUCAAGGUACGAGUUAACCGGGAGUGCCUGAUGGUGCCAUCACUUAAUGCCAUUUCCACCUUACUACAUACACUGAAGCAGUGCCUAGCAGCUGAGCCAGAGGUGGUUGCUGGACCCCCUGGUGGAGCCUCCCUAACAGAGCAGUUACUUCAAGUGUUGGAGGCAGUGUUGGUGGAGGCAUACUCCAUGUCUGCUACUUCAUACACUGAAUUUGUAGAAACUUGCGGCACCUUAGAGGACAUCCAUCUGUUGCUGAAUUAUGUGGCCACAUCAUCCAGAACUAAUGCUCAGGUGCGGCAGCGGCUGAUGCGAGUGUUGCCUUUCCUGGUGUUCUGUCACAAAGAGAAAAUGGAAUUGUUAGUUGGACAUUUCCGACCCGUCUUGGACUUUGAGAAGUUUGAUGAUGAACACUCUCCUGAGGACACUGCAAAAAUGGAAGCCUUUUGUGUCUUCUGUGAUGGAAUUGAAAGAAAUGAAAAUGGCAACCAACUCAAGGACAUGAUAAUCCAAGCAAACAUUGUGAAGGAUGCUCUUGCUUACAUUGAAAAUCACAUGCCAGUAAGCAAGAAACUUUUAGUGGUUUGUAAUGAUGAGUGGAAAGAAUUCUUGGGACGGCCAUCACUGAAGUACAUACUGAGGCUUCUGACUGGACUUGCCACCAAACAUCAAGGGACCCAGCAGGCGGUGGCGGCGACCUGCAUACCAGCCAUUCACCGGCUGGAGCAGAUAUCCUCUGAUGAACAUGUUGGCUCAGUGGCAGAAAACUUGUUGGAAGCCCUGAGAGAUGAUCCAAAGAUUGCUGUACAGGUGGAGGAGGUACGACGGCAGACACGGCAAGAAAAGAAGCGAUUGGCAAUGGAAACAAGGAAGAAAGAACUGAGUCGUCUGGGACUGAGAGCUAAUGAUAAGGAGCAGAUUACAUCACAGUCCACUUUACUUUCAAAGAUGGGAGAAAUUGCUGAGGAGUCAGGCUUGGUGUGUGCAAUAUGCUUAGAAGGAUAUCGUUGCCAGCCACAGAAGGUGCUUGCAGUGUAUACCUUCAGCAAGCGUUGUGUGGUGGAAGAGUUUGAAAAUAAGCCUCAUAAGACUCUAGGGUACUGCACUGUUUCCCAUUUCAAUGUUGUCCAUGUUGACUGCCAUCUUGCAGCAGUGAGGUCAUCAAACAAACGGAAUGAGUGGGAGAGUGCUGGUCUGCACAAUGCCAACACAAGAGCCAAUGGUCUCCUUCCUCUCUGGGGUCCACAAGUUCCAGAGUCAGCCUUUGCAUCGUGCCUCGCCCGCCACAACACAUACUUGCAGGACAGCACUUCUCACAGAGAUAUUAGUUACUCUUCAACAUUACAUGACCUAAAACUGCUGCUCCUGAGAUUUGCCAAUGAGAAGUCCUUCAGUGAUGACUCUGGUGGUGGUGGCCGUCAGUCCAACAUGAAUUUGAUUCCUUACAUACUGCACAUGGCUGUUUAUGUCAUCAACACGACUCGUGCUGCAAGUAGAGAAGAGAAGAAGUUGUCAACAUUCUUUGAAGCAAACCGAGAGCGUUGGGUUGAAGCUGCGUAUGAGGCAGAGGGUGUGUUUUACAUGGGUGUUCUGGCCCUAACAGUGUAUUCCCCUGCACAAUGGGCAACCCUUAGAGUGACUUACCUGCAGCGGCUCCUGACAGCUGCUCAUGUGCGGGCAAUCUCCCCCCAUCCUCCUCAGAACAAUAAGGUUAUGGAUAAAGAAACAAAGGACUGGUCAGCCUAUAAACAUGCAGCCAUAUUCUGGGCCCUUGUUGAUGGAAUUUACAACAUGUUCUUCAAGAAGGCAAGUAGUGAUGGAGAAUGGAGUGUGAAUGUGGCAGAGUUUGUGCGCCACAAUGAUCAAACCCUGGUUGAAGCUUCCUCUAAAAUGCUCUCCAUGUACCAAGAAGAACUUCUCCCUCUUGCAUCCUUUGCAGAAUUUUGUGAUGUUGUUGGCUUACUUCAUGAAAUAGAGAAUCCUGAUGAGUUUUUGUCAGAAGUCCUUCUUAACCUUCCCUAACAACCAGCAAGAGGAGGAGGAGGUGGGUAUGCGUAUGGGUUUGGCCUCUCAAGACGGAUACUUUGUUUUAUGACAAGUAUUGUGGAAGAACACUUAUUAAUACCAGCUAUUGCUUGCAUAAAGUAUUGCAGUGAUUGCUUUCAAUAAUAUUUAUGUUUGGUGGAGUUGUCACCUGAAUGGAUACGGGAUCCCAUUGAAUGCAUAGCAAAACAAUGGUCUUGGUUUUCUUUUCUCCUGUCACAUCCAGAAAAUCUGACUGGAUGUGAUUACUUACAUUAUUUACACUUUGUAUGUGAGUCAGUUUUUUUCCCUCCAGUGUGGUCAUCAUUUAGACAUGCAGUUCUUCAUAUAAUAUAGUCUGUGCAGUGUUAUAUGAUCUAAGCUUAUUUUCCUAGUGUAGAAUGAUUCUGUGAUAUCAGCAUUAGAGGAACAUCUUGUACCCAUAUUAGUGGUUACUGAUUGGCAUCACAGUAGAUUUUGUCUUUGAUUUUUUACAUAUUUGGUACUUUUUUUCUGAUCUUUCAUUUAUAGUGCACCACAUUUAUUAUUUAUGCCCUCUUCUAUCAUUCUAUCCUGUUUACAAAAUCUACCAAUCAUUGAAGAUUUUUCACCUCCCAGAUAAUCUGAAGGCACAGGGUAAUUGUUAAAUCUUUCAGAAAAUUAAUGGUAAAUUAUCUCAAUAUGUAAGGAAAAUUAUAUUUUCUGCCUCACUCUUGUAGAGCUGAGAGCCAGUGGAAUUUUUGCUUGUAGGUAUUGAAACUAAUAUUAAAGGUGCUGUGAAGUUCAGUGUUCCAAGAUGCUCAACUUGGCAUUGCAUUAUAUGAUUCUUUGACAGAGAUGUGUACACCAGACUUGUUAGCCCUUGUAUGCAAUUGUAUACUCAUUCAGUUGUAACUUUUGUCACCUUACCAUGGGAGGUAAAAAUAAUGUUUAAAAGAAAGAUUAUUAUUUCAAUAAAUUUUAAUGCUUGA